GCCGAGCGCUCCCGCGAGGCCCCCGGCCCGCUGCCGCAGCGGCCCGACGAGGACGGCCGCCAGGCGGGCCUCCGGCUGCUGCGGGCCGUGCAGCGCGGGGGCGCCCGCGCCGCCGCCGCCGCCCCGCCGCCGGAGGCCGCCUCCGCGGCCGGCGGCGCCGCCGCGGCGGCCUCCGAGGGCGAGGGCGCCGCCCCGGCUGCCGCGGCGGAGGCCGCGAGCCCGGCUGCCGCGGCAGAGGGCGAGGGCGCCGCCCGGGCUGCCGCGGCGGAGGCCGCGAGCCUGCUGGCGCGCACCCCGCGGGACGCCGCCGGGCGGGACAGCGAGCCGGAGCCGGCGGACGAGUUCCGCGUGGUCGGCAGCGCGGGCUCCACGACCGCGGGGGGCAGCACGGGCUCCACGCCGAAGUGGCCGCCGCCCGACCUGGAGCACCUGGAGCCGGAGAAGCUGGAGAGGGCGGCGCAGCUGCUGUUCGACGCGCUGUCCCCAGCGGCGGCGGCGCCGAGCAGCUCCAGCGCUGCCCUUGCGCAGCCGGCGGCCGGGCAGCGCGAGCCCCCGCCGCCGCUCGCCGGCAGCGGGGCGAGCUCCAACAGCGGCGAGGAGCCGGGCUGCGUCGAGACUAUCUCCGGGGCCGCUGCCCCAGCGGUGGCCCGCGCUGCCGGCUUUCCCGCUGGUGGUGCAUUGGCACCCCAACGACCCCGUGAACCAGAUGCUGCUCGAUCAGGUGUCGACGAUAGUGGGUUUCCACCUCGCGAUGUCCGACCUGCAGGAGAGGGCUCCUUUUUCCGCAGCCAGACGUCGAGCGGAGGCUGGGUGAAGCUCCAUGCGCUCCAGGCUCUGUACCACGUGCGGACGCUGGGAGCCAACCUGUGGACUCUGCAGCGGGCCGUCGCCUGUAACUCCACGCUGGAGCUGGACGCGUCCCGCCGCUUCGUCCGGCUCGCCGGGCGCAGGUGCUGUGACGAGGACGAGCCCGCUCCGUGGCAGUGACGCCAAUCGAGCCGCUGGCCGCACUGGCUCGGCGCACCUUACCCUCGCGCACGCCGACGGGGCUGGCGGAAUUCUCCAAGAGCGCGCCCGAUUUUUCCGGCGGCCUCGAGGGCAGCCGCGCCGCGGGCGCUCGCAGGCGGAGGUUGCGAGAACUUUCCUCCCUCCUUCGACCCUCCUCUCGCCUCCUCCUCCUUGCUCCUCCUCCUCCUGCCUCCUCC